AAUUUAGCUGGAGAGAAACUUCCAACGGUCCAACGGAUGUCCAAUCCGGAAGAUCCGUUCGUCGACGACCAAAGACGAAUUACAAAAAUACUACGACAAAUAUCGGUUAGUUUUAAAAUUAAAUUAAAUAACUGUCGUUUACAUUAUUGGAUUACAUUAUCGAAAAGUAAAACGUAACAAUAUUUGGAACAAUACGCUAUAUUUAUUUUAAAUUAUUAUUUAUAGUCACCGUCGGUCGAGUUCGUGUUUAUUUCGAAUGGAAAAAAGUAAAUAAUUUCCAUUGCAAAAGUCGUGGGUGAACAGAGGACAAAUUAAAAGAGAACGAUGACAGAGACAAAUAAUGGAAAUCAACUUUUUUGCAAAAAUUGAUUUCGUAACAAACGAGAAGAGUCAAAUUAUUUAGAAUUUAUUUAUUCUUUAUUAGAAUAACCCGAAAUGAAUACUCGAGAAUUCGUAUUAAGAGAUGAAAUAGAAACCAUUUUUCGACGCAUCAUGCAUAUAUUUAUAACUGUGAGACCUCGAAAAAGAAGACUAUCUCCUUUGAUCUUUCUCCUAUUUCAUCCCCGUCCUCCUACCGACUGCGAUCAAGUCUAUCCUAAUAUUUAUCUAGGAAAUGCUUCCGCGGCCAAGAACAGGUCAUAUUUAGCUUCUUUGGGCAUCACUCACGUCUUGAAUGCCGCGCACGGAAACAGAUCGGGGCGCGUCAACACGGGAGCAGUUUAUUAUCACAACACGCGCAUUAACUACAUGGGACUGAACUUGGACGAUUUGCCUUCGCAGAGAAUUUUUCCUUAUUUUCAACAAAGCGCAAACUUUAUUCAUCGAGCAAUUACUUCGGGAGGCAAAGUGUUGGUUCACUGCGUGAUGGGAAUCUCUAGAUCGGCUACCAUCGUCUGUGCCUAUUUGAUGAUAAAACAAGGAAUGAAUAUCGAAGAAGCCCUGACUACUUUAAGGUCCGCCCGAUUAAUCAGACCUAACGACGGAUUUCUGUACGAAUUAAUUAUUCUGGAGAAAUACUUGAGCAAUCUUCGCACUCCCCUUCCCGCUGUACCUUAAUAAACUAUUACUCCAUAUUUUGUGAAUGUUAAAAAUCUACAAUGCAUUUUCGUAAUUACAAAGUACUCUGAUUAUACAGUAUUUCUCUACGUUAAAA